GCCGUGCGGAAGCGCUCCAGGAGUUUCGUCCGUGUUCCUCUUCGUUCCAGCAGGUUUUUCUUUUGGUGUUUUCCUCUCCGAGCCGCCGGCCUGUCCCCGGUGGAUCAGCAGCAGCCGGAUGUCGGAGGGAAGCGGCGCUCCGGCGGCUCGGGUCGUCCUGCAGCAGUGCCUCCGGGCCCGGCUGCAGGUUCGACCCCCGGGCCCGGAGGAAGAGGAGGGGCAGUUUGUCCAGAUCGACAGAGGAAUGGUGAUCUACGUCUGUUUCUUCAAAGGAGCCACAGAGGACAUCCUGCCAAAGAUGGUGUCAUCCCUGCUGAGCGUGCGGCUGUGUGAGGCCGACUCGGGGAAGCUGCAGUCCGUGACGGAGCUGCCGGGCAGCGUGCUGAUCGUCCCUCAGGCCACGCUGGGCGGGAAGGUCAAAGGUCGCUCUAUGCAGUACCACAACAACAUCGGGAAGGAGGACGGGCUGCGGCUGUACUCCGCCUUCGUGUCUCUGUGCGAGGAGCAGCUGGCGACGGCCGGGGCGGCGGUGACGGUGAAACACGGCACGUACGGGAACCGGCAGGUUCUGAAACUCGACACCAAUGGACCGUACACACACCUGAUGGAGUUCUGAUUUCCUGUGAUUCAUCCGUCUUUGGUACAAACAAGAACACACACAUCAAUAAGUUCCAUCAUCACCAUGAAAUGUUGACCAGACUACUAAAAACACAUUUUCUGCAAGUCUAAUUCCAGAAAAUGUCAGUUUUCAUGCAAAAUGUUAAUGAAACUUAAAUUCCAUGAUCUCCAAAGCCUUGAAUCCAGUGGAUUCUAACAUUUCCAGCUCUGUAGCAUCUCUUUUUUGCCUCUAAAAAGGCUGUGGACCCUCUCUGACAAUGUCCACUCUUACUGUACCUUCAAAAUAAAGCAUUAGGCAGUUUCCAGGUCUGUUCAGGGUUCUACAAACGAACAUAUUCUGAUUUUUUGUUCCAAUUCAUCCACUCAGUUGUUCUACAUUUUUAGGUGUUCCUUCUUUUCUUUCAUUCGCAGGCGGUUUAUUUGGCCUCCUUUCCCACUCAUAAACAGUUGUUGUUCCUCAC